UUCGCCUCUACCCACAAACAAGGACUGCAGGCUUGCGAGGGGAGUCCUACAGGGUCACCCAACCAAAGUCUGAUCGGUCAGUUGGCCUUCCUCCCCACCCUAGGAUGAGCGGAGACCUUAGUCUCCCGACAUCUGGGUAAGUGGGGGUGGGAGACGUUUCACGGUUUGUUUUACAAAUUCGCCCCCGACGUCUGCCACGAUAAGUCCCCGGGAUAGAGAAGGAGCGGAGGCACCCAGAGAUAAGUGUGAUGCCUGAGGAAGAUACGAGGCUGGUGCACCUCCCCCAAGCAGCUCUCCAAGCCCAGAGCGGCAGCUCCCCACCGAGCUGGCCCGGAGGUGAGGGCAAAGGCUCGCAGGAGACAGGCCCGCAGUUCCAGGCGCUCAUUUAUUUCAGCUGCUUCGUUCUCUCUACACCCACACCCCGAUCCGGGUGGAACACCGGUGUCCGCAUCCGAAUGGAAGAGGAGCUGGGCUCAAAAGGCACUCGACCUGUGAAAACCACGCCUAUGCAGCCACACAAUUGGUCCGAAAGCGUCAAAGAGCCAAUCAACAAGCCUCGGGCUCCCGCAGCCCACAGCGCAGCCCGACCGUCCAGAGCCGCCGAGCAGACGCCCGGGGAAUUCUAGAGGCGGAGGAGGGUGGCGAAGUGCUCGCUCGCUCUCUUUCUCUCUCUCUCUCUCUCUCCCUCCCUCUACGUGCCUACUCCAGCUCCUAAUCACUCCUUUCUCUUCCUUCUUUCCUUUUUUUUUUUUUUUUUUUGCACCCGUCUUCUUGAACCUCCCUCGCCCUGCGUGCCCGGACGCUGAUUUUUUUAAUUUAUUAUUUUUAGGAAAGCGAUUUCGCUCACGUUUUUUUAGCACAAGGAAGACAGCCGGGUCCCCGAGGCAGAAGAUCGCAGGCACCAUUCGCUCGCCACCCAGACACUGCGCGCAACCCGGAGCCAGAGAGGAGGAUCUCGAACCGAAGCCAGCUUCGCAGUUCUAGUUUUGAAAGCGCCGCUGGAAAGGGGCUUAAAUCGCCUUUUUUUUUUUAAAGGAGAGACUUUUCCUCCCCCCCUUGAUCUUGCUGCCUGUGAAAGCCAGAGUCUAGCUCAACUAAGACGCCUCCUGCGAGAAAGCCAGAGAAGAGCUAGGGGGCGGGGGAAGGAGUCGAAAAAAAGGUUUAAAAAAAAAAGUCUCCGAGAACCUUGCGCUUUGGCAACAAAGAGCGUGGGAGCCGGGGAGCCACCCCGGGAAAGAGCUGCAGUGUCUAUUUCCAGCUAAGCCACAGGGCUCGGGCGCCAGUUGAGCCCCUGCUUGCUGCUUGCCCUACUGAAACCGACUUCCAGGAGCGGCUUUUCCAACACACUCCACGCACCAGGACAGCCCCUGCAGCGGCUAUGUCUCCCGAUCUGCUGCCGCCUUGUCCUCUUUAAAAGCGGCGUUCUCUUCCCCCCAAAGACACUUUCCCCCUCCCUUUCAAACGCUUUAUUUGUAAUUUGCCCUCUUUUUUUAAAUUUUAAACAAAACUAUGCGUCGCUGUUGAAUUUUUUAAUUAUUAUUUUUGAAAAGCAACAACAAAAGCGGAGCCAAGCCAGCAGCUGCGGACUGGUUCCCUGUCUGGAGUGGAUGAGCCUCUCCAUGAGAGAUCCGGUUAUCCCUGGGACAAGCAUGGCCUAUCAUCCCUUCCUACCUCACCGGGCGCCGGACUUCGCCAUGAGCGCGGUACUGGGCCACCAGCCGCCCUUCUUCCCCGCGCUAACGCUGCCUCCCAACGGCGCCGCGGCGCUCUCGCUCCCCGGAGCUCUGGCCAAGCCCAUCAUGGAUCAGUUAGUGGGGGCUGCUGAGACCGGCAUCCCUUUCUCAUCCCUGGGACCCCAGGCACAUCUGAGGCCUCUGAAGACCAUGGAACCCGAAGAAGACGUAGAAGAUGACCCCAAGGUGCACCUGGAGGCCAAGGAACUUUGGGACCAGUUUCACAAGCGGGGUACAGAGAUGGUCAUCACGAAGUCAGGAAGGCGAAUGUUCCCUCCGUUUAAAGUGAGGUGCUCUGGACUGGAUAAAAAGGCCAAGUAUAUUUUAUUGAUGGACAUUAUAGCUGCUGAUGACUGUCGAUAUAAAUUUCACAAUUCUCGGUGGAUGGUGGCCGGUAAGGCAGACCCCGAAAUGCCAAAGAGAAUGUAUAUACACCCUGACAGCCCCGCUACGGGGGAGCAAUGGAUGUCCAAAGUCGUCACUUUCCACAAACUGAAACUCACCAACAACAUAUCGGAUAAACACGGAUUUACUAUACUAAACUCUAUGCAUAAGUACCAGCCGCGGUUCCACAUCGUCAGAGCCAACGAUAUCCUGAAACUGCCUUACAGUACUUUUCGAACCUACCUGUUCCCGGAAACAGAAUUCAUCGCAGUUACUGCCUAUCAAAAUGACAAGAUAACUCAGUUAAAAAUAGACAACAAUCCCUUUGCAAAGGGUUUCCGAGACACUGGCAAUGGCAGGAGAGAAAAAAGAAAGCAGCUCACACUGCAGUCCAUGAGAGUGUUUGACGAGAGGCAUAAGAAGGAGACUUCCGAUGAGUCCUCCAGUGAGCAGGCAGCCUUCAACUGCUUUGCCCAGGCCUCCUCUCCUGCUGUCUCUAUCGUGGGGACAUCCAACCUCAAAGAUCUGUGUCCCAGCGAAGCCGAGAGUGACGCCGAGGCUGAGAGCAAGGAGGAGCACGGCCCUGAGGCCUGCGACGCGGCCAAGAUUUCCACCACCACGGCCGAGGAGCCAGGCCGCGACAAGGGCAGCCCGGCCACCAGGGCGCAGCUGUUCCCUGCGGAACCCAGCCGGGCCCGCGACACCGCGCGUCUGGACAAGGCAUCGCCAGACUCGCGCCACAGCCCGGCCACCAUCUCGUCCAGCACGCGAGUUCCGGGAGCGGAUGAGCGCAGGAGUCCCGGGCGUGAGGGUCCAGUCGCCACCAAGGUGGAUGAGGCGCGCGCGAUUCCUGCCAAGGACGCCUUCGCUCCACUGUCUGUGCAGACAGACGCCACCGCGCACCUAGCGCAGGGGCCCCUCCCGGGCUUGGGUUUUGCCCCAGGCCUUGCGGGCCAGCAGUUCUUCAACGGGCACCCGCUCUUCCUGCACCCGGGCCAGUUCGCCAUGGGCGGCGCCUUCUCUAGCAUGGCUGCAGGCAUGGGGCCCCUGCUGGCCACAGUAUCCGGAGCAUCCACCGGCGUCUCAGGCCUAGAAUCCACAGCCAUGGCCUCGGCUGCCGCAGCGCAGGGACUGUCCGGGGCGUCGGCUGCCACCCUGCCCUUCCACCUCCAACAACACGUUCUGGCCUCCCAGGGCUUGGCUAUGUCGCCUUUCGGGAGCCUGUUUCCUUACCCCUACACAUACAUGGCUGCAGCAGCUGCAGCCUCCACCGCGGCCGCCUCCAGCUCCGUGCACCGCCACCCGUUCCUCAAUUUGAACAGCAUGCGCCCCAGGCUGCGUUACAGCCCCUAUUCCAUCCCCGUCCCAGUGCCGGAUAGCAGCAGUUUGCUGACCACAGCUUUACCAUCCAUGGCUUCCGCCGCAGGGCCCCUAGACGGCAAAGCGGCCGCCCUGGCAGCCAGCCCAGCCUCGGUGGCUGUGGACUCGGGGUCAGAACUGAACAGCCGCUCGUCCACGCUGUCCUCUGGCUCAGUGUCCUUGUCACCCAAACUCUGCUCCGAGAAGGAGGCGGCUACCAGCGAACUGCAGAGUAUCCAGCGGCUGGUCAGUGGCUUGGAAGCCAAGCCAGACAGGUCCUGCAGCGGGUCCCCUUAAAAACAAGAAAAACAAAAUCGCCCCCUCCCCCAAGGUCUCUCCAUUCCAGUUUGGUCAAAUCUGCCAGUGCACUUUGUUAGAUGUAAAAUAAACCACGGGCCUUCCACAUGGGGUGACACCCCCCGCCACCCCCGUCCCUUUCAGUUUUGUCUGGGAAGGAACACUACAGCCUUUCCAGAGACUGCUAGAGACCACAGGCCCUGCCAUCAUGGGCUGUGUAACCAGGCUGCUGUUGCAUUGAAACCCGGGACUGAGGGGGCGGGAGGAGUGGUGGCAAACAGGCUUUUGUGUCUAGAGCGACUUCUGUGCAGGCUGGUGUGGAAGUCGGGGCUGAAGAACAAGGUAGCCAGGCCAGCCAGGAGCGCGGGUCUUUGAGAGACUUCACCGGAAUCUUUUCCCCUUCGUGUGUCUAGUGGAAACAUUUCCCCCCUCCUAAACAAACUAACAAAACCAAUAUGGAGUGUGUGUGUGGGGGGGAAUAAAGUCCCGUGGAACUGUCUAUGAAGACUGAAACUCACCAAUUGCUGAGUACUUUCGUUGGGGUAGGGAGAAGAGGGGCCUUAUUCUUGCCCGUCUAUAUUAAAGGAAUCCUCUGUCUUUUUUUGUUUGUUUGUUUUUAAAUAUUGUGAUGUUUUAAGAGCCGAGAUGCUGGCUUCUUUUUUGCAUGUUACAGUUUUCUGGGUUUUAUUUUGGCCUCCCCCCCCCCCUUUUACGGAAAAACAACGGAAGUCCCAUUAUCCUCAACCUUGCUCAAGGCGGCAACCGGGGGAAGUGGGGUAAAAGGGGGCAGCUACGGGCAUGAAACCAACCGAGUUGAUUUUUAUCUGAGCGCUUGUAGAGGGCUUCGUGUGCCUGUUGGACCAUUAGUUCUUUUAACUGUAUAUGCAAUAACAAGGUUUUAAAAGAUUAAUAAUAAAGAGGAAACACGA